AUGCGCCAUCCCGCGCAGCAUCACCCCCAGGCCAAGUCAGCCCCAGUGCUGCCUUGUCUCCUCACUGCCGCCCAAUCGCAAUCGCGAUCCCAUCUCCACAUCGCCACCAGGGCCCCGACUCGGGCACAGCGCGAUGAAAUCGCGGCUACAACCCCGGAGUGUUGCGUCGCGCCUCUUCCUCCUCCGGGUCGUGCACUACCCCGCGUCGCAGGUGCCAUGGUACUGUGGUGCUCAGGGGGACAUGCGCCUCAUACGUGCACCCUUCUCUCAUCCCCUCCACCCUCUCAUCCCCUCCUCCCCACUCUCAUCCCCUCCUCCCCACUCUCAUCCCCUCCUCCACACUCUGAUCCCCUCCUAAGUUCUCACAUCCCCUCCUCCCAUCGCUCCUCCACUCCUUCCAUCUCUGAUUCCGUCCUCCCCUCUGGGUGUCCCCUCUUCCCCUCUCUCAUCCCCUCCUCCCCUCUCUCAUCCCCUCCUCCCCUCUCUCAUCCCCUCUUCCCCUCUCUCAUCCCCUCCUCCCCUCUCUCAUCCCCUCUUCCCCUCUCUCAUCCCCUCCUCCCCUCUCUCAUCCCCUCUUCCCCUCUCUCAUCCCCUCCUCCCCUCUCUCAUCCCCUCCUUCCUUCUCUAAUCCCUUUGCUCCUCCACUCCUUCCAUCUCUGA